UCACAAGGAAAAUUAAGAGAGAGAGAGAGAGACUGUCUCAGCACAGAAACAGCAUUUUCAUUACAUUCGUUCCUAACCUUUUCCUAAUUUCCCUCUGUUGUACGCAUGCUUUCUGUGGCCAGCUUCUAUAUUCUAUUAUCUCCCCCUUCUCUCUCUACUUCCUCUCAACUUUUCAUGCCCAACUUGUUCUCUUCUCUUCCUUUCAACUUCCCAGGAGUUUCGAUGCAAAAAAAUUCUACCUUGUACGGUUGAAAAGCUGUGACAUUGAGUUGUUGGGUCCUGUGGAAUGAAGCUGCAAGUUUGGAUUUUUCAAUUCUGGGUUGGUUGUCUAUGAUUGCUGGGUAGGGUUUGAAGUAUUUGUGUGUUUAUUGUAAUUUCUUCAACUGGGUAUCUUAUUCUGGUGGAUUUGGAAUCUGGGUGUUUUUAAUUUUGUUGGUUUUUGUGGGGGGUUUUGUUCAUGGAGGCUAAAUUUGAGGGUAAGAAUCAGUAUUUUUAUGGACCACUGUUGCCAGAGAUGAAGGCUGUUGGGAAGAGAAGUUUGGAAUGGGAUUUGAAUGAUUGGAAAUGGGAUGGGGAUCUUUUUACUGCUAGGCAAUUGAAUUCAGUCCCAUCAGAUUGUAGGAGUCGUCAACUGUUCCCAGUUGAUCCUGAAACCCCUGCAAAUGCUGAUACUUCUAACAAUUUGUCUUCUGGGUGGGAAGGAAAUAGAGAAUUGGAGAAGAGGAGGAGAGGUGUUAUUGCUGAAGGGGUGCAGAUGAAUGAUGAAAAUGGUUCUCUUAAUUUUAACCUUGGGGAUCAAGCAUACCCUAUCAUGGAAGGGGAGGAAAAGAGUGAAAAGAAGACUAAGAUAACUGGGACUACUUCGAACCGUGCUGUUUGUCAGGUGGAAGAUUGUAGGGCUGAUCUUAGUAAUGCAAAGGAUUACCACCGUCGCCACAAAGUUUGUGAUUUGCAUUCUAAGGCUAGCAAGGCACUAGUGGGAAAUGUUAUGCAGAGAUUCUGUCAGCAGUGUAGCAGGUUUCAUGUUCUUCAAGAGUUUGAUGAAGGGAAGAGAAGUUGUCGUAGGCGUCUGGCAGGCCACAAUAAGAGGAGGAGGAAAACCCAUCCUGAUGCUACUGUUGUUAAUGGAGGCUCUCUGAACGAAGAAAGGGGAAGUAGCUAUCUGUUAAUGAGUCUUCUAAGGAUACUUUCCAACAUGCAUUCAGAUGGCUCAGAUCAUACAAGAAACCAGGACGUUCUGUCUCAUCUGCUGAGGAACCUGGCAAGCAUGACUGGUACAAUUAAUGGAAGAAAUAUAGCAUCCUUAUUGGAGGGAUCUCAGGAAUUGGUAAAAGCAGGGACAUCUGGAGCUGCACAGAAUGUUCCAAACACAAAUUCAAAUGGUCCUGAACUGCCCAGACCUUUUGGUUCUUCUAUCGAGAUGGAUAAUGGUCUAAUCCAUCAAGACCCUCCAGCAUCCAGGGUACAGUGUGAGAUGGUUCCUGCUAAUGAUAUGGCCCAAAAAUGUAUACCUUCAGGCAGUUGUGGAGUAGGAAGUUCAAAAUCUCCUUUAGGACUGCAGUCCUCAGAUGUACUUCUGCUUAGGGAUAGCUCUCCUCCCCAAUCAGUUGCAGCAGAGACUAGUAUUGGAAGAAAUGGGUUAAAUAAUAUAGACCUGAAUAAUGUAUAUGAUGAUGUACAGGAUCAUGUUGAGAACCCCAAGAAUUCUCAUCUUCCUGUGGCAUCAGGAAUUGGGUCACUUGAUCAUCCUUCAUGGGUACAAUGUGACUCUCUCAAGUCAAGUCCACCACAGACAAGCAGAAACUCAGAUUCAACCUCUACCCAGUCACCAUCUAGUUCUAGUGGAGAAGCUCAGAGUCGCACAGAUCGAAUAGUUUUCAAACUCUUUGGCAAGGAUCCAAAUGAUUUUCCUCUUGUUCUCCGGUCACAGAUCCUUAACUGGUUAUCCCACAGUCCCACAGAGAUAGAGAGCUAUAUAAGGCCAGGCUGUAUCAUAUUAACUAUAUAUCUCCGUCUAGAAAAUUCUGCAUGGGAGGAGCUAUGCUAUAAUCUAGGAUCCAGCAUGAGAAAACUUCUUGCUGCAUCAAAUGAUUCUUUUUGGAGAACAGGAUGGGUAUAUACAAGGGUGCGGCACUCUGUAGCUUUCCUGUAUAAUGGUCAGGUGGUCUUAGACGCGCCAUUGCGCCUCAAAAGCCAACAAAAUUGUCAGAUUUUGUGCAUUAAACCACUCGCUGUUUCUGCAAGUGCAAGUGCUCAAUUUAUUGUGAAAGGAUUCAACCUUUACCUGUCUAGCACAAGGUUGCUCUGUGCACUUGAAGGGAAGUAUCUGGUACAGGAUAGUUGUUAUGAUUUGAUUGAUGGUGCUGAUGCAGCCACUGAACAUCAUGAGCUUCAGCAUCUCAGUUUCUCUUGUCACAUACCAAAUGUGAUUGGGAGAGGUUUUAUUGAGGUGGAAGAUAAUGGACUUAGCAGCUGUUCAUUUCCAUUCAUAGUUGCAGAGCAAGAAAUUUGUUCAGAGAUCUGUAGGCUGGAGAAUGUCAUUGAGGCAGCCGAGACUACUGAUGAUGUCCAGAUAAAAACGAAACUAAUGGAAGAAAAGACUCGAGCUUUGUAUUGCAUACAGGAAAUGGGUUGGCUCCUUCAUAGAAAUCAUAUGAAAGCUAGACUAGGUCCCAUGGCACCUGUCCAAGAUGGCUUCCAGUUUAAUCGGUUCACCUGGCUUGUUGGCUUCUCCAUGGACCAUGAUUGGUGUGCCGUGAUAAAGAAACUCUUGGACGUUAUCUUUGCGGGUGUUGUUGAUACAGGAGAGUAUACCUCUGUUGAGCUUGCAUUGUUAGACAUGGGUCUUCUACACAAAGCAGUAAAGAGAAAUUGCAGGCCUAUGGUGGAAUUACUGCUAAAAUUUGUGCCAGUUAAAGCUUCGGAUGGUGGAGACAGUGAAGAGAAGCAAGCCAACAAGUCCCCUGACAGAUUCUUAUUUAGACCUGACGCUGUUGGGCCUGCUGGGUUGACUCCCCUUCAUGUUGCCGCAAGUAUGAAUGGCUCGGAGAAUGUAUUGGAUGCAUUAACUGAGGAUCCAGGAAUGGUGGGAACGGAGGCAUGGAAAAGUGCUAGGGAUAAUACAGGUUUGACACCAAAUGACUAUGCAUCCCUACGGGGCUUCUACUCCUACAUUCAACUUGUUCAGAGGAAAACAAGCAAGAAAUGUGGAAGUCAACAUGUGCUUGAUAUCCCAGGCACCCUUGUAGACACUAACAUAAAGCAGAAGCAAUCAGAUGGGCAUAGGUCAUCAAAAGUUUCAUGUUUGCAAACUGAGAAGAUUGAAAUAAAAGCAAUGCCACAUCAUUGUGGGCUCUGCCAGCGCAAGCUGGCAUAUGGUGGCGUCAGAAGGGCACUGGUUUAUCGGCCGGCAAUGCUGUCGAUGGUGGCCAUUGCAGCUGUAUGUGUCUGUGUGGCUUUGCUCUUCAAAAGCUCCCCCAGAGUUAAUUAUGUAUUCCAGCCCUUCACCUGGGAAUCAUUGGAGUAUGGAUCCAUCUAAUGUUGUACAUCAGAUGUUCUAUGCAGUAGGCCUGCAUUUUUUUUUUUAUUUUUUUUUUACAUUUUAUUUUUGAAGUGUGAAAUUAUUAGUCUUGGGUAUAUACAUAUGAAUGAUGGAGCUGUCAUCCAAAUGCAUAGGGAAGGUUUACCUUAUGCUGUUCAGCAAGAAUGUUCCCUAUGCUAUUAUCUAUCAAAUGUUGGGUAAAUGCUGUUUAUUAGGUUAUGUAUAUGCAAUGAUAAUAGGGUAAGCUUGCCAGCAUUUAGGAGGGUACCUUGUAAUAGUCAAUAAAUGUAAAAGAUUUACUACAGGUUAGUAUUCUUUUUAAGUUAUUAUUAUUUAUUGAUGCUAUUAUGAAAAAUAGA